AUGUCCAGUAACACAAUCCAGACUGGGAACCAUCAGGUAAGCAAUACAGGCAUCAAGCUCAACACCGAGUUGUUCUUCUCUUUGGGUGAUAUCGAAUACUUCUCCUCUACCCAUCAACCCCUCUACCAUCUACCUAAGUCUUCUUUGAUUCUCAACAAAGAGGUAUUCCAGCCUCUUUGUGUAAUCUGGAUCCCCAUUCCAGACGAUGGACAAAUCACCAAAUCCAUCCUGGAGGAUACGAUCAACUCAUACUUGGAUGAAGAUGAUGUGCUUACUAAAGAUUGGUUGAAGACCAUCUUACUGAUUCCUUCUCUUCAAGACAGUGGGCAAAUAAUCGAACUUGACAUACAAGACGAGGGGUUAUCAUACUUGCUUGAAGAUGUCGGAUCGACCCAUCUGGUCCUUGAUCAAAGUAUACGAUACCAUUCAGAUCCACUCAUAAUCAGCUCGAUAUCCACAUCGGAACUGGAAGGGAAAAGAGCCGCAGGACCAUAUUUCGUUAACCAGCAAACAGACGUCUUUAACUUUUAUCCUGUCUAUCGAUUGUACCCCGAUACUUCCCAUGCGUUCGUCAAUGGUAUUUAUCCCCUGGAUGAUCAAGGGACGUACAAGACGUUGAAUAAGACCGACGAUAAAGGACGGGUGCUCGUUCCUGUACCGUCCAGAUUGUAUGCUUGGGCAAGUGUUGGAAAACUCAAGGGAUACAGACUUUCGGUUAAAGACGUAUUUGAUAUCAAGGGUAUACCAACCGAAGCAGGAAGUAAAGUAUAUUUGGAAAUGUGUGGAGAGGUAAAGGACACUGCUUCUUGUAUUCGACGACUGUUAGAGGAAGGAGCGGUGAUUGUAGGAAAGGUCAAAACUAAUCAAUUUGCAGUCACGGGAAAUAGCAUCGAACAGUCACCUGAUGUUCUAUAUCCAUAUUCACCCCGAGGUGACGGUUACCAAUCUGUUAGUGGGACUUCAGCCGGCUCAGCUAGUUCGAUGGCAAGUUACGAUUGGUUGGACAUGUCUGUAGGAUCAGAUACCGGUGGUUCUAUCAGACAUCCAGCGUCUAUCGUAGGACUAUACGGCAACAAGCCAACUACAGGAGUACUGCCUCUCGAUGGAGUCUUACCACUGAGCGAAUGGUCCGACACAGUGGGUGUACUGGCUAGGGAUCCGGUAAUGAUGAAAUGGGUCUUGGAGACUUGGUACAGUAAUUCCAAAUUCAUCAAAUCACACAAAACUUUACCUAAAAUCGUUCAAAUCCCAAUAGACGAUUUCGAAGUGAUCCCUUCUAACAUCCGAAAAAUCAUACACAACUUCGUUUCUUCCCUUCAAAAUGUAUUGGGAAUGAAAGUCGAAUGGAUCGAUAUUAAGAAGACUUCUGAGAGAGAUGGUGGUUUCAUGUCUAUUCCUGAAUUUGCAAAAGUAGGGGAAGAAUUACAAUAUCAAAAAUGGUCUAAAGCAUUUAUCGAUACCUAUAAAUCUCAGAAUCAAGGUAGAUUCCCACCAGUUGCAUAUCAUAUUCAAGAAAAUUGGAAAUCAACCGAACAUUAUUCGUUUGGUGAUUUGGGAACGAUGAGGGAGAAAUGGGAUCAUUCAGCAAGAAUAUUCAGGAAUCUGAUUGGAUCUGAUGAUCAGUCAGUUACCAGGACGAUUUUAAUCGAACCUAUAAAUAUCGAUCGAUUACCUCUCUAUAGAGAAAGUAAGAUGAACCCGCACAGAGAACCAUUAUCAACAAGGAAGAACCCAAUCGGCCCAACACAUCCUGCAUCAAUAGCUGGAUGUCCACACUACGUCGUUCCCAUCGGUCAAGUCCCUUUUAAAUCUUUGGUUUCGGAUCAAGAGGAGAUGCAACCACUGAGUAUGAGUAUCGUUGGAUAUCCAGGAAGCGACUUCGUAUUGCUCGAGAUCAUUGAUGAGCUCAACAAGGCGGGAGUACUUAAGACUGUCAAGACCGGUCGAACCGCUUUCUGA